AAGAAAGAAAGAAAGAAAGAAAAAUCCUGGGAGACUUUGGCUAUGGCAGACUGCCGCCUCUCGGUGGGUCUCACAGUGUUGGCUGAGUGCCAGCGGUGUGCUCCUGCUUGCCUCAGUUUGCAGAACUCAUACUUGGGGCUAGGGAGUGGGUUUGAGCUGCACAGUGUUGUCCCAACAUCUCUGGCCCCUUCUAGAUGUAGAGGACAGGGUCAGCACCAUGGACAGCCCCAAGGUCCCGCCUCCCUUACGUGUGCCAUAGAAUAAGAGAACUAGGACUAGUCUGGUCAGGGGGGGAGGCCCUAGUCACUAAUGGCUGUUCUGAGUGGGGCAGAGGGCUCUCGUGGGUCCCAGAGCAAUCUUAAUGCCCCAGCAGGCUUUUUGCUUCUCCUGAGUCCAGUGCCGCUUCCAGCGCUAGCCCCAGGAACACGAAGUCUAGUGUCCGGAGGCGUGCUCCUCCGAGGGCUUCCAAGCUGCCAGACUCAUUGCUUCUACAAUCAUUGCAUGUUCUUCGCUGACGUCAGUCGGAGCUGUCCUGGCGCUAUAUAAGGCUGGCGACAGUCCCAGGACAGACCCCGUGUUCCCCAAGGCGCCCUCAGCCCGCCCCGAGGGACAGAGAUUGGAGCUCCGUCUUGCGCGGUACAGGCGCUCUCCGACAACCUGGUCGGCGGCACCAUGAGGCAGGCGGGGCUCACGGCGCUGCUGGCGGCGCUGCUGCUCCUGGCACAGCUGCGCUCCGGGAGCAGCCACUGGAGCCCGGCGGCUGCAGCGGCAGCGGCCAGGGUCCAGGACCCGAGUCUGCGAUGGAACCCCCGGGCGCAGACCCAGGGCGGCGGGGCCCGCGCCCUCCUCUUGCUGCUGGCGGAGCGCUUUCCUCGCCGCAGCGGGUCCGGCGGAUGGGGAUCCACGACCACAGGCGAGAGGCCGCGACGGGACAACCCUCCACUGUCCAUUGACCUCACCUUCCACCUGCUGCGGACCCUGAUAGAGCUGUCACGGACGCAGAGCCAGAGGGAGCGCGCUGAGCAGAACCGCAUCAUCUUCGACUCGGUGGGCAAGUGAUCGCCCAGUUUGGGACCACGAAAACUUUGACCCCUUCUCCUGCCCCGGGGCUGGGACAUGAGCUACCGGAACUGAUCCAGUCUCGCGGGCAGAACGGCCCAGGGACACCCUGAGCACCCUGUGUGGCUAUUUUUUUAAAUAAAAGUGCUGAAGAGC